AUGCAAAGUAGACUGGCGGUCGCGCUGAAUGUGAACCAAUACGGGAGCAAAAUGCUCAGCUCACACGCCGAAUGCGUUGCUUUCGCUUUGCAGACCGCAAGUGCCCCUGAGUUGCAAACGAUCAAAGACAUGACUGAAAUAGACCCCUCUAAGCGUCCAUCCGCAGCGCAGAUGCUUGUAAAAUGUUAUAAUGGGAGGGGUCUUACAACGCCACGUAACGAGGUCCCUAAUUAUCCUAAGGAAAGUUUGCCCAUGCCCUUCCACACGGGCUUCCCGAACCCACAGCCGGGAUGGCCCCCGUCUGGUCUGGCAUAUCCCUCGCCUCCUGCCGUGCCCAACGAACAUUGGAUGGGUGCCCACACGUAUGAUGGACCCCAAUUUCCCCAACGGCAAACUAGGGCGCCUAAUCGAACCACAAGCGCGUUGGGCGCUCGAAGGCGGCCCCAUCCGCCAACCGAUAGCAAGCGAGAACCAACACAGCACGGAUUCCCCAGCAUGUUUGAGUGGAGACAGUGA